UUGCGUUGCUGACCUGCGCAGCGCGCAUUCUGAGGAAAAUGGCGGUGGGGGGAGUUGGGGCCUCUGGGCGGCCGGUGCUCACGUUUACGCUGCUGGUCGUGUUGUGGUUGGUGCCGUUUCUGCAGGCCGAGAGGGGUUUGGUCAAAGUCAUCACUGACCACAACUGGAGGGAGAUUCUGGAGGGUGAAUGGAUGGUGGAGUUUUAUGCCCCCUGGUGUCCUGCCUGCCAACAACUUCAGUCAGAAUGGAAUGAGUUUGCAGAGUGGAGUGAUGAUCUGGGUGUUAAUGUUGCCAAAGUGGAUGUAACUGAGCAGCCAGGUCUGAGUGGUCGAUUCAUUAUUACAGCUCUUCCCACAAUAUACCAUUGUAAGGAUGGCAAGUUUCGAAAGUAUCAAGGCCCUAGAAUGAAGAAUGACUUCAUUGAUUUCAUAGAUGGAAAGAAGUGGGAAGCCAUAGAACCAAUGUAUUCUUGGUUACAACCUUCCUCCUUUUUGAUGACUAGCAUGUCAGCAUUAUUCCAGCUGUCCAUGUGGAUUCGUCACUGUCAUAAUUACUUCACUGAAGAUAUUGGCAUACCUGUUUGGGGAUCGUAUAGCAUUUUUGCUUUGAUGACUCUGUUUUCUGGUCUUGUGCUUGGAUUGAUUCUGGUCUUCGUGGCAGACUGUGUAUUACCGUCCCGGCGAUAUAGACAUCAACCUCAUUGCUCUCAAAAAAAAAUGCCUGGAACCAAGCUGUUGAAGCCAAAAGAUGGACAAUUUCAGGAUGAAGAUGAUGAAGAUGAUCUGUGUUCUCAAGCAAAGAAGAGCAGUAGUAAAAGAUAUGAGAAGUCUCUGGUGAAAGAUGAUGGGGAUCAUUUACAGGAUACUGUGAGAAAACGUACAUUGGAAUACACGAGUAGAACUGAUGAUUCCUGAUUCUAGGACAGAAUGAAGUGAAAGGUGACUAAAGCUAUUGUCCUUCCAUAAGGCAUUGAACUGUUUAGUAAUGGAUUCAUGGGAGAAGAUGACUAUACAUUAAAGUACGAGGUCACCUGUGGUGGGUAGCAGUGUUGUACUAAAUUUACUUUUGUUCUUGUGGGCUUUGUUGCUAAGUUACAAAGCUUUAAUAUUGAGCCUUGCAUGCUCCUUUAAGUCUUUCAAACUUCCGGUUGUAUAAUUAAAAUGUUAUUGGGUCCUUGGUACUAUUUUGGUGAAAGACUUAAGUGUAGCAUUUAUAUUAAAAAAAAUAUACUGUGGCAGUAUCCAUAAUCCAAGUUCUGAAAAUUCCAAUCUUCCAAAAUAUUAGCUUGAAAAUGAUACAUGUGCAUAUAGCAGCUAAUUUUCUGCAGUACAUUCGAAAGCAAUAGUGUAGUACAUGGUAGAAGGUGCUGCAUUUUUUGAUCUCCCAAUUGGAUUGCUCUUUAUUUCUAUUGGAAAACCAGUGCUUGCUUUCAAAUUAGUUGUUUCUGAACACAUUUAGAAAUUUAGUUUAUCAGCCACUAAUUGGAUCCAGAAUUCUGUAGGGUUACUUUUAAGACGGAUAACAAAAGUCUAUUUCUACUUGUCUUGCAUUUAUUUUUUUUUAAUCGUAGGUUUCUUGUUCCUGCAUCUUUGCCUGCAUCAGAAUUUCUAUCUCAUGAACGUGCUUAAGCAUGGCAUUACUUAAGUCCUUGCCAGUAUGCGCAUGUUUGGGUAUCAUAACAACUAAAGUAUCCAUUUACGAGGCUAUAUGCAUCUAAAAGUAAUAAAACUAGCUAAUUAAUCAUAAUAGUAUGAUUUAGUAAUCAAAUGAAAAUAAUCAUUGCUGGCAUAAAUUCCAAUGCAUUCUUUUGGUUUCUUUUUUUAUAGUGGUUUGAUGGACAGGAGUUUUAACAUGUGGCUUUUUUAAAAUACUAAUCUGUGUUGAGAUGCAUAGAUCAAGGUGGUCAUUGAGCUCAUCUGUGCUGGAAGUCAUGAUGGUUGGCAUUGGUUUCACUGACCCCUGGGUUAUAAAGGAGAAAAUUCUGUUACAACCUAUGGUUUAAUUGACUGUAUUCAGGAUCAGUUAUGAGUAAUAGUCACAAGUUGUUGAAAGACUGGAGCUUGAAGCUAUGUAGUGAAUACUUUAUUGAGGGUGUAGUGAGAGAACCAUUUUAAAAAGUUCUGCCAUUUAAUCAGAAGGAAUGUAUGAAGACCAAAUGUUUUGGGUGCUAUUCCUUCAUUUAAAAAAAAAUUACCUCAAAUAUAUUUAGCUUCUCAUUAUAAGUUUAAAAAAUACCUUGCAAUUUGAGGAGGAUGGGCAUCUUCAUUAAUGGUGAAGAUUUAUUUUGUACUGAGAGAAGAGAGUUUACAAUGUUCAUUUGUGUCCAAAAAUGUUUUCCGUGUGGGUAUUUUCAUUUCUUGAAAUAUCCUAUUUUGCUUUGAAGUGUUAUAUUUGAUUUUGGUUUAAAACUUUCAAUUGUACCAUAAAAAAUCUUUUGCAUGCUGGUGAGAGCUAUUGCUUUGUAGACCAGGUUUUAAAUGCAUAAAUAACAUUCCCAGUUUUGUGGACCAUGCAUAUCUGUGUGAAAUGUGUGGAAUUUUACACUGAUAUUUUGCUAUUAUAUUCCUGUGUAUAUUGCCUCACCAGUUUAUAUUUAGCUGCCAAAGACGGGUGCAAGCCUUUUAAUCUCUUUUUUUUGGAUGUAACUGGAAUAACAGAUUCUAAUGUUCACUAUUUACCAAGUUUAGAAAACAUAUCCAAACACCUACUAGGCUUCAAGUAUCUUUAGCUUAUUUUGAGGGGUGGUGAACUGCUGUUUUAAAAAGGGAAUUGGAAAACAAAAUAUGUAAAUAGUUUCUGUAUUGUACAUUUUUAGAAGAUGCUUAACAAUAAAGAUAAUGUUGGGUUGACUUGUCUUUUUCUGAAGCUAUUUGUGCUGAGGUUGUAAGGUGUUCUUUUUGUUAAUAAUUCAUAUGAAACCACCACCUCUAAUAAUUUGUUUUGCUCUGCUCUUUUUUUAAAUCUGACUAGGGAAAAGUAUAAACACAAAAAUGAUCUUGUACUUGAUUACGGUGGGCAAAUUGUACUGUCAUUAGCCUGGAUCAUCUGUUGGCACAAUGUUUGUAAUCCAAUUUAAAUUAUAAAAUAUUAUGACAUGCUCAAGGCCUUCUAAUGAGGUGUGAGCAUGACAUUUGCAACCAUGUGGACCAAAGCAAUUUACAGUUAUGAAGUUCAGAGUUGGCCUUUGUUUAGUCUUGGAAGAGUAACUUUCUGAGAAGCAGCAUCUCUUUAAAGAAAAAUGCAAAUGCAUAAUCAGCUGGGUCAUGUCAUUUUCAAAAUAUGAUUAAACUUAAAAUAUCAGACUAAAUCAUCAUAAAUUAUUGACAACUGAAUAGCCUGCCAAUUACACCUUCUGCACUGUCAGUGAGAUGGAGAUUCAGAGUGCUGAUAUUGCAUGAGCUACUGCAAUAGCUGCCAUAUUGAAAGAUGAAGUUGGAGGGUUUGACCAUGAAGGUCACCAGAAGGAACCUAUAUUUAUUGUUGUUGUUAACAUAUUUUGAUAUGGCUAAGUGAACGAGGUAAAUCUAAAGUUUGUAAGUAAAAAUCACCCUUUUUUUUUUGUUGCUACCUGCUUCCCUGUCCACAGUAUGUGCUUCAUGUGCCCCACAGAAUGUUUUAAAGACUGCAGCCAAUUCACCCAUUUGCGUGCUUUACUGUUUUUAAAUUUCAGUAACAGAUGUGAGGUAAUUGGACUAUGAGAACAGCAAUUUGCACAGUUUUAUGGUGGGAUGUGUGGAUUCUAUCUUUUAGAAUGGAUUCAAUGUUUAGACUGGAGACAAGAGACUGUAGAUGCUAGAAUCUGGAGCAACAGACUCAGCAGGUCAAGCAGCAUCUGUGGGAGGAAAAGAAUUGUCAACUUUUCAGGUCGGAACCCUGCAACAGGACUUUCCUCCCACAGAUGCUGCUCGACCUGCUGAGUUCUUCCAGCAGAUUGUUUGUUGCUCAAUAUUUAAUUUCCGCAGUUAUGCAUGGCAAAGACAGAGAAUCCUAGUUUACUGCAAAUCAGCCAGCAUCCAUGGAGAGAACAGACUAAUGCAUCUAGUGUAGAUCUUUUGUCAGAAUUGGAAGAAAGUACAGCUGUGCAGUAUUUUAAAACAUGGAACACAACAUUGGAGAUGUGAGCAAUGCAUGAACAUUCUUUAAGAAAGGCAGUAGAGUGAUCUGCAAGGUGCUGAAUGGAAAAACAAAUUUUAAAUUGCUCGAGGGCUAUUAAACUGAGGCAAUUGGAAGCAGGGUGAGAGGAAAGAUAUUUUGCAUGUACAUGAAGAGUUAGAGGGGACUGGAUGAGAAUGAUAUAGAAAUAAACUGGCAAAGCUGAACAUGCCACAUCAUUCUGGGAGCAUAUAAAAAAUAUCAACUGCAUAUCUAAUUGAAAAUCAAAUUGGAAUUAAGGACUAUAUUUAAUAUUAAAGCCAGAGGUCUGCAAAAUCCAAAGUAACAAGAUGGGAUGCUGUUUCUUUAGGUCUUGUGAAUCUUGAAUUCAGCAUGCUAAGGACAGAAGUGACACCUGGCUCUGGAGUAACAGUUAUCUUUUUUUGGUGACUGAGUUGAGGUGUUUGAAAAGUCAUCUAUGCUGUGUUUACGUUCCCAAAGUUACAGGACACGGCACCACAGCUCAGAUAUUAUGUAUGUAUAUUUUUAAAAAAAGUUGAACUGCAGGUAAAUGUCUCAUUAAUUACUGAUUCGUUGGUUGCUAAAAAUUAACAGUUUACUCUUGUUCCAUUGUACCAAUCUUUUUUAGUCUUUUGGAAACAGCUUGGUAAUAUUGCAUGUGGGAGCAAUGUGCAGAUCUCUCUCUAGAUGGCACUGGAGUGUUGCAUUGUUAAACUUUGCACUUGAUGUAAAGUUAAAAAGAAAUUCUCAUUAUAAAUAUGAGAAUUUGACAUGGUUCUAAAUAGCAUUGUAUCUUCAAUAAAGAAUUUGUCCUUUAAUAAAUACUACUUUAAUCACC